AUGCCUUCCCCGGCAUACAAGAUCACGAAAGCAGCCCUAAACUCUCUGACUGUUCAGUAUGCCCUCGAUUACAAGAAAGAGGGUUUCACUAUUUUCGCAUUUGCCCCCGGAUGGCUCCGCACGGAGCUCGGUGGCGAUAUUGCGGGUUUGUCGAUAAAGCAAGGUGCUCAGGCUUCGGUGGAGAAGAUCCUGGGUACAGGGAAGGAACAGAAUGGCCAAUUCAUCAUUAUCAAAGUCAAGGGCUGGGAAAAGGUAGAGGGAAGGCACCAGUACCAUGGGGGUAAUGUCCCGUGA